AUGGAUGUGGUUCUCCAUAUUAGCGUUGUUUCUGCUCAGCAUUUUGCUGCCUGUCGACCUAUUUACAGCCACAAACCUGAUCGAUUGCCCAUUCCUGUGCAAUGGAUUCCACCUUCUCUUGACUGGUUUCUGGGGCAAACUGAUAUCCUCCAAGUUGAAUUAUGGAGCAUCCUCAUUGGCCUUCGGAUGGCAUUGACAAGAGGCAUCCGGAAACUCGUAAUCCAAUCCGAUUCUAAUUACGCUAUCAAAUCAAUCACGGACACUGAUGAGGCAACAAAUCCGUUGUCGCUUGUUCGAGCCAUUCAUAAGAUGAACUCCGAUAAUUGGGAUCUAAUCUUCCGAUGGAUUCCACGUGAAGCAAACGCAGUUGCGGAUGCUAUGGUGAAAAUGACGGAUAGACAUUCUUCCUCAACAAAGGUGUACGAAACCCCUCCUGUAGCUCUGUUAUCUUUGCUUUCACGGGACAUCCAUGUCCCUUAA